AUGGAAGCAUUCAGGGUUCUUGUCAUUGUUUUGGUUGCAUGCAUCUCGAUAUCCCAAGCUGCUAGCACGAAUCCUCCAGUACAAGGCCUGUUUGUUUUUGGGGACUCAGCGUUAGAUGGAGGACAGAACACGUACAUCCCGGGCUCCAAGAUUGUUAGCGCAAUUCCACCAUAUGGAAAGACGUACUUCAGCAAGCCAACAGGGCGUUGGACGGAUGGUAGAACGAUUGCUGAUUUCCUGGCUCAAGCACUAGGCCUUCCAUUGUUGCCACCUUUCCUCGAGCCUGGCGCCAACUUUUCCAGUGGUGUGAACUUUGCAUCUGCCGGUGCAGGCUUGUUAGAUGAAACGAAUGCCCAUCAAGGAGUUAUUUCAAUGAAGCAGCAGCUGCGCCAGUUUCGCAACGUCACAAAUGAGUACAAAAAAGGGAAGGGUGUGGAGUUUACGAACCAGCUCUUGCGCAAUUCAGUGGCAUUGUUUAGCAUGGGAGCUAAUGAUAUUGCUAAUGCUGUUCCCAGCUCAUUCUUGUUCCAGGAGAUGAUACAAGCAUAUUCAAGUGCUAUUCAGUUACACAAUGACUAUCGUGACUUGAACAUUGCAACAUUAAAUCCAUCUCCAAUUAUAAUGAACGUGCUAAGGAAUCCUGAAAAAUACGGUUUCAAAGAAGCAGAAAAGGCAUGUUGCGGUGGGGGGCCAUUUAAUGCAGCAGAAUUUUGUGAUGAUAGGGCAGAUGAUCAUCCAAGCGGCAAAACACAGGCUGCUCCAUCAGAGGAGCAGACCCCUUCACGACAAAGGCAUAUUCCACCCUAUUCAUUUGUGCUGGGAUAG